CUGUAAGCAAUCAGCCAAAUAGGAGCUUGCAGUUGUGCAGUACACAGGACCUUCUUUCCAGAAGGCAGAGAGCAAUGCUUAGUCUACUGAAAGAAGAGCCAGCAGACCAACAAGAAGUCAGGACAUAUUCUCAUAGCACUAGCAGACGGUUACACCUCCAGUGGGUCUCCUGAAGCCCACUUCCACUCUCCUGGGUGUGAUUGCUCCUGAAUGCACAUUGAAAGCUCCUUUACUGCUGGCAGUGAAGAGCAGCAGAUGCACUCAACCGCAGGCUUACUUUGCAGCCCUGCAUCUGUCUCACUACGCGCACUGAAGCUGUACCCUGGGGACGAAGAUACACAUGUUUUAUUGACAGGGUUACAGGUGUUUUAAGCUUGAGCUGCUGGUGGACUGGAAGUUUUCAAUUUUUCCUUCAGGGUGAGCUACUGCAUCGUUGGAGGCCAGUAUGUUAUCUGUUGUUGUGGCAUGUGUGGUAUUCGUCCUGGUGGGCUCAGGGGUGGCUCAGGAUGCUGCACAAACUCAGGCGCAGAGCCAGAGUCGGGGUCAAGCCGGGGACGGCCCUGGUGCCCCUUGGAGGCAGGUUAUACAGUGGGAGAACAAUGGCCAGGUGUUCAGCCUGAUGAACAGUGGAUCUGAAUAUGUUCCCGCUGGAGCUGCAGCCCAGAACAGAAAUCCCAGGGUGGUUUUGGCAGAUGCUGCUCCACGUCCUUCGCGCAGACCUCAGGGAGGUAAUGUCCGCCGACAGGCUCCAUCAAGAGGAUCUUCUGAAACUGUCCGCGGACGGGCAAGGCAUCCUUUUGGCUUUGGCCAAGUGCCUGAUAACUGGAGACAUACGGCAGGUAGCACAGGAGGUGGCAGUCGCUUCCAGGGGUCCUCAACCAGUCGUUUCCGUCCAUCUACAGGCUCUUCCUCUUCAUCCUCAUCCUUUUCCUCAUCUUCAUAUAACAUACCAGCUUAUCCACAGUACCCAUUUCCACAACAGCCCCCCUUCCAGCCUCAUGACCCCAGUUUUGGAGAUGGAUCAGUCAGGAGCUUCGAACCACCCUUCCAGCCAGUUGGUGGUGGUGUUUACAGCGGUGGGCCGUAUGGGACUGGGCCGGGGUAUAAUGGAGGUGGAUAUGGAGGAAAUGUGGCCCCAGUGAUCCCAGGCUCGCCUUCGGACUUGCCUGAAAAUGGCUACUAUUACUACCAAUAUUAUGGCUUUGCGCCAAAUCCUGCGGCGCCAGCACUCCAACCGGGACUCCAGCCGGCACUCCAACCGGGACUCCAGCCGGCACUCCAACCGGCACUCCAACCGGCACUCCAACCGGCACUCCAACCGGGACUCCAACCGGCACCCCAACCACCGUUUGCAGAUGGUCUGGAUCACAGAUACACCCACAGCCUCUUCAACGGCGAAUCUGGCCCUGCUGUCCCCAUUCCUGAUGCCAACCAGGCCCCCCCUGUUGCAGUGGACAGGCAAGGACCUGCUGGUCGACCGCAGGUCAACAGCCCGCAGUUUGAGCAGUUCCCUCCAUUUGGAAGACCCCAGGCUCCUUUCGUGCAACCCUUUCCUGAAGUCAGGAAUUCUCCAAACUCUGCCCUUGAGAAUCCGAGUACGAAUGUUGGCAGUGUGUACAGACGACCACAAAGAGGUUUGCCUGACCUGGUUCCAGAUCCCAACUACGUUCAGGCGUCUACAUACAUCCAGAGAGCCCACAUGUACUCACUCCGUUGUGCCGCAGAGGAAAAAUGCCUGGCAAGCUCUGCCUACAGCCCUGAGACCACUGACUAUGAUGUAAGGGUCCUGCUGCGAUUCCCACAGAGGGUGAAGAAUAAGGGCACGGCUGACUUCAUGCCUAACAGGCCGCGUCAUACCUGGGAAUGGCACAGCUGUCAUCAGCAUUACCACAGUAUGGAUGAGUUCAGCCACUAUGAUUUACUCGAGGUCAGCACUGGCCGUAAAGUGGCAGAGGGACACAAGGCCAGCUUCUGUCUGGAGGACACCACCUGUGACUUUGGGCACCUGAAGCGUUACGCCUGCACUUCUCACACUCAGGGUCUGAGCCCAGGCUGCUAUGAUACAUACAAUGCUGAUAUUGACUGCCAGUGGAUCGACAUCACUGACAUCAAACCUGGAAACUACAUUCUUAAGCUCCAAGUUAAUCCUAGGUUCCUGGUGCAAGAGUCAGACUAUACCAACAACGUCGUCAGGUGUAACGUUCACUACACCGGUCGAACUGUUACAACAAACAACUGCAAAAUAGCACAAUCUUGAUUCGGCUCUGGAAGGCUGCCACUUUAGAGUGACCCUGAUUGCUAUUCCAUUGAAAUGUGAAUGGAAUCUGUUGUUGGCUCAUUGUUUGCGCUGUUUGUCUCUACUCUUUUGUGCUGUUUUUGGGAUCCUGGGCCCACCGCAAACAAGCAUCCUACUGCCACUAAGAAUGUAGGGGUUUAAAGUGAACAUGCACACAAUCAAAACUGUAGCAUUAUGCAUAUAGAAUGUCAGUAUCCCCAACAACGAACCAACAAAUUCACAGCCCUGCAAAAUAUUCUCUGUCUCCCAUUUCUGUGAUUUCAGUUCUAACAGUCUUGUUUUUGCGACAUGCCAGUACGCAUCACUGACUUUUCAAAGAGGUUUUUCGCUGUAUAUCCACACAGAUGAGUCUGAGUUCAGCUGCAACGUAACAAAUAAAAUUAAGGAGAAAGCCCUCUAUUCAUCCAUGCAGUGUGGGAACAGACAGAGACGCCCAAGUGACUCAGAAGAACUCUAGCAUGUCAGUUUAUUUUUUCUCUCUCUCUCCCUUCACUGCCUUAGCGGGUUGGGCUGGGAUACUGUGAUUCUCUGGGCACAAACUGUUUGAUGGUGUGUUAACAGCAACAAGAAGAAAGCUGGUCAUAUUUGCAAUUUGUCUUUAUCAAACUGUAAAUUACUAAACAAAACAUCGACCAUCAGAACCAGACACUGUAAACUCCAAACGUUUUACCAACUUGUGUUGCUUCCCCCCAUUCUUCCUUCCUUAUUUCAGUAAAACAGGAACAUUAAGCUCAACUGGCAUAAAAAGGUGCUUUUAAGAAAACAAGACUAACAGUAUGUAUGCUGUGAUUACACAGACUUGUGGUUUCUUCUUCAUCUACCAGCACUGGUCGGACGGCAACAAGGCCGUCUAUACCUGGAGAAUGUGUAUACAAAUAUCCCACUGAUGCAUGACAUUAAUUAGAUUAUCUUGAUGUAACUGAUUGUACUGUGUUUAUCCUUUAUCAACCUGUUACUGUAAUUGUGAAUUUCAAUUUGUUGGUUUUUUUUUUGUUUUUUUUUUCUUAAUUUGAUUACUUCAAAUGGGACAGUUUGUGUUGUUGAAAAAAAAAAUUGAAAAAAAACAACAACCCACCACUGCAGAGAUUUUGUAUUGUAAGAAUUGUAAGAAAGAGUGGCAGAAAUCAGUCUCUAGCUACCUCUCCAGUUGAGUGAAACAUCGUUUCCAGUAUGUUUCCAAGCAACGGUUUACUUUGUUCACCUUCUUCAUUAUAUUUCUAAAUGGAAGAAACAGAAAUCAUCUAAGAGAUUUUUAACUUUAGCCCAGUUUGAUUUGAGAGCACCUGCUGUGUGUUAAGGGAAAAUGAGCAGCAUUACUUGAACUUUGUGAUUUUAGCAGAAAUACUGUACAACAAAGACAAAAAGUAGCAGAUCAGUUUUCAUGUUGUACCCAACUGAGUGGUCCAUCAGCCUCCACCAGUUUUCAAACUGAUCUGCACUAAAAAUGAGACCCAUUGUCUUGUUUAACAGAUGCUUAUUAUUUCUAGUUUAUGCUAUCCUCGGUGAUAAAAAAAAAACCUCUAUUUCCUGCAUGCUUCACACCAUAUUCUGUAAGUGAUGCACUUUUAUUGUAGCUAGCAGCAAAUGUUCAGCUAGCUGUAAAUUAAUACAGCUGUUACUUAUUAAACGUGUAAGGAUGUUAGUGAGAGAAAAAAAUUGCAGCUAUUGCUAAAUGGAUGCCUUGCAACUAUAAAUAUAUACAAAUAACCGCUGAAACUACACACACCCAUGGGGAUGUGAUUUAUCAAUCACGAUUUAGCAACACCCUUGAGCUUACUCUGCUCCAUCAGCCAUUGUAAGCCAACUAGGGCCAUCAUUUAGUGAAAGAAUUCCACGCUGCAUUGAGAAAAACUUGAUGCCAGCGAUUAAAUCACAAAUGUUUCCUGAAGAACAAGUAGGAAAAAAAAAAUAGGAUUUUUCAUUCUCAAAUAAAUGUAUGAAAGAAAUGCGUGAAAAGUGGCCAUUGAAGACUAUUAGAGAGUUGUUAUUUGUUUAUUUUUUUUAAGGUACUUCAUGCAUAAGCUUUAUUUGAAAGAGAUUAAAGCUACUUUCACUAAUAUAUAUAUAUAUAUAUAUAUAUAUAUAUAUAUAUAUAUAUAUAUAUAUAUAUAUAUAUAUAUAUAUAUAUAUAUAUACACAUGUGAGUAUAUGUAUGUAUGUAUAUGUGUGCAUUGUAAUUGCUGACCAGCAUGCUUGUUGCUUGUGAUGAUAAAUUGAUUUUGGAAGAGCAUUUCCAGCCUUUAAAAUUUAUACUUAACACAGAUGUUAAGUAUUGCUGAGUGUAAAUUGAUUAAAUGGCUGUUGCACUUCACAAACAAGUUGUAAUUUGUAGCCAAAGUCGAGACUGAAAGUAUGAAAAUGUUGUGGAUUGUCCAAACAAAUUUACAAAUAUGACUACAGAUACUUUAUUUCUGGUAUCAGUCCAGUAUCUCUAUGUCAGCAUCAGUAUCUCCAUGGUGUCUAUAUCAGUUUGUACUGUAAUGUUUGUAUUUCUUUUUUUUUUAUGUUUUAAAUGUAGAGCAGGUGUACUGUAGCCUAUGAUAUUCAAUUUAUUGGUUUUCCUAUGCAAGUUUGCUUUUUUAUACAGUAAAUAAUUAGUUCAAGAA